AGGACGUGGCGUUUGGUGAGGUGAUUAUUGGUGCUGAAUCUGCGCUCGCCAGCACACAAACCGACGCUGCUUCCUUCACCCGCGGGAACAAGCAGGCGCUGCUGUCGCGAUAGGGCAGAAAGCCCCAGACUCAUCGCGGCGAGGAGGGGGGACAGCGAACGAGAUGGCGGGGCGAGACAUGGAACAGCGACGGUGGGAGCGCCUGAUCACCUGGCUCCGCAACCGCGGCAUGCAAGCCGACGGCCUCAAGGUUGAGCGGAGGCCUCGGAGUGACGGCGGCUACGGCCUGUUCACGCGCGACGCGUGCGCACCCAAAGAGGUCCUGUUCACCAUUCCGUCUACUGCGUUGCUCAACAUCAAGACCUUGCGUCCUCUAUAUCCUUCGUGGGCGCAGAAGCUGUCUGCGACGCAGCUCAUCUCGCUUCAUUUGUGCCGGCACCGUCCGGUGGCUGACGGUGAAUCGUCCGACCCUGCUUUUGGGCCCUACAUUUCUACCCUUCCGCGGGACUUCAGCUUUCAUCCUCUCACUUGGCUUGUGGAAGAGGAGGGUCUUCAGUACAGAGUACUCCUGGACCAUCUGCCUACGGCUGUCUCCAGGGAUUUGAAGGACCUCGAAAUGCGGUUUUCUUCAGACUGGGUUGUCUGUCAAGAACACCUGCACGACGUGAGUCGCACCGAAUCGGAUUACCUCUGGGCCUGGCUGAACGUGAACACUCGCUGCAUGUACUACCGCGUCAAAUUGUCUGCGUCCGACCCGGAUAACAUGGCACUCUGCCCCGUCAUGGACUUCGCCAAUCACCGACCAGAGGGACCGCAUAUGCAGCCCCGACCAACGAAAGAAUUUCCUGCUCGCGCCAACAUGUCUUUUGCGGCACCUGAGGCGUACACGGAUGCUGGAGAGGAGCUCUAUUUCUCGUACGGCCCCCAUUGCAACCGAAAGCUCUUCGUAGAAUAUGGCUUCGCGCUCCGUGGUGCAAACGGCGAGGUUGAUGUCGACGACCUGGUCGAGCGAACGAUGCGGGGGCGUGCAGAUGGAAAGCUAUUACAAGAACUGCUAGAAAAUGAAGGGUACUGGGGGUACGCGUUGUUUCCUGCAGAGAUCCGGCAUAUCCUCAACCAUUGCAUCAGUGAUUGGACUAUACACUCAAGCCCCGAACCCAACAUCUCAUUUCGUCUCCUCGCGGCUAUGCGCCUGUUGAGCCUGCCUACGUCGCAACCUCCUGCAAGUCCGGACGAGCUAUCAAGCACAGCGCGACAACCUCUAGGCUUUGAGCAAUGGCAGCAGACCCUAUAUGGCUCCCGCGAUUGCUUGCCGGCAGAUAUCGAGGAGCAAUGCAGAAUCAGUGUAAUGCAGCUGGCCGAAAAGAUCAAGGCUAGAGCAUCAGACGCACUCGCUGCGUUGGAUCAAGUCGAUUGGGAUGGCCCUGUGUAUGUUCUAAAUACCGUUAAGGUGCUCUGGGAGGAGGAAAGGGACGUCGCAGAUGCGGUCUUGAGUUGUAAUCUUCCGCUUUGGUGAUAGGGAAUUGGCCAUAUCCGGAAAAGUACUAUACUCUCGGUCUCAAUUCGCUCCCCGAAAAGACGCCGUGUAAUCUCAAAUUUACAUCGCAUAGGUACAG